AUGAACUUUUUUUUUCAAAUCAUUCACACUGUCAUACUUCAAAGAAAAUGGAGAAGUUUAAGAGAUUCAUACAACAGAGAAUUAAAAAAAAAUAAAGAAGUAAAGAGUGGAUCCGGUGCUUCUAAGCACAGAAAAUAUUUAUACUUUGAUAAUUUAUCUUUUUUAAAACCUAUAUCUGAGAGAAGAGAAACAUCAAGUUCGAUUGACGAUACUCAUCAAAAUGAAGGUGAGCAACUCAUAACAGAUAACUGUUAUGAUAAAAGUCAAAACGUGACUAAAAAAAGGAAGACGACAAAAAACACAGAUAAGGAGACUGAGCUAAUUACAAACUUAUCACACCGUUUGUCAGAACGUAUGAGCAAAGAAAAUGAAGCGUUGAAUAAUAUUGAUAGUGAUAAGCAUUUUUUACUGUCAUUAUACGAUCGUUUCAAAGCCAUUGAUAAUAAUAUAAAAUUUCAAGCCCAAAUUGAGAUUAUGAAUGUAAUACAAAAAUAUAGUCAACCUAAUCAUCAAAAUUAUAAUUAUGAGUCCUUUGGUAGACGUUUUGAAAAUGUAUCAGCUCAAGUAUAUAACACCGACUAUGAAUCAAGACAGUAUCCGAUGUAUUCACAUACACAAUAUCCUAGCCAUAUUGAACCUUCUUCAUUUCGAGCACCUACAAGAGUGAAUGUACCAGACAUAUCGCCAAAUAGCAUUCAAUCAAUGACUUCCACAGAAAGCAUUACAACCCAUGCCACCGAUGAUGAUAACGAUUCA